GCCAUGUCCUUCCCCCCUUAGCCAUUCAUUCGACCAAGGCAUCCAGGAAAGAGAGAGAAGCUCAGCAAAAACACCAUCUCCAUUGCCAUUUUCGAGCCUAAGCCAAGGAGGAAGAAGGAGGGGAAAAGAGAAGAGAAGAGAUGGGGAUUAGAGAGGAAAACUUGAGGUUAACAAGGUAUUCGAGGAACUUUCACGGAGUUGAAAGGGUCGCCGGAAUUGUCGUCGGAGUUCACUGAAGUUCGUCGGAGUUUCACCGGAGCUAAAUCGGUAAGGCUAGAACUUCAUAAGCAUCAUUAAGGUUAAGGCUAGAGUCCUACUACCUGCACCUUUGCCUAGGGUGACUGAGCAAGAAGGAAGAUGUGGUUCGUGCUUCCAUUCUUAUUUAAAAUUUAUAAACUGCUCAUGAAUAUUUGAACAAUGUUUUCCUUUAAAACUGUUGGGGCCUGUGUGCUCAUGUUUGCCACAUGUGGCUAAAUAUCAAACAUAUUAUUUCCGCAUUUGUUUGAUUAUGAUAUUGAUGUUGAUUGUAUGUGUUUACUAAUCAGUUGGCAAUAGAAUCUAUCGGACGCCUUGUAUGAUUCAAUAAGGAUGAACUAAUGUUGUUCUUAUCGGGUUGUACGACGGUUAUCUACGUGGCUCGGAUGCGGUCCGGGGCGUGACAUAUCACUUGUUCGGUGUUAUUUUAUCAGUAGCUAAAAUACACCAUACACCUUCUUUUUAUCCCAAAAGUUCUAUCUUGUAACCCGGUUACUGUAAUAAGGGUAGAUAGUAGACUUUUAGGAAAGCGUAUUUAAUACGUGACUAGAAGUGAUAUCUGGUCCAACCAUAUUUAUAUACCCUUAUAUUUUGCUAUUUUAUCCGCCAGUUCUAACAAUCUAAAAGUUACUAAUCCAAAAAUAUGGCAGCUACUCAACGCGAUAUCAAAACCAAUUUUAAAAAAUUGGAAAAGUUUGAAGGUGUGGAGUUUCGAAGGUGGCAGAAAAAGAUGCAUUUUUUGCUCACCACUUUGAAAGUGGUCUACGUGUUAAGCACUCCGAGGCCGCCCGAGAAAGAAGAAAAUGAGUCUUUGGAAACAAGCCGCUGUCGCAUAAAGUGGGACAAUGAUGACUAUAUCUGCCGUGGACAUAUUUUGAAUGGUAUGUGUGAUUAUCUUUUUGAUGUGUAUGAAAAUGUUGAAUAUGCUAAAACGUUGUGGGAAUCUCUAGAAUCCAAAUAUAUGACCGAGGAUGCUUCAAGCAAGAAAUUUCUCAUUAGUAACUUUAAUAGUUACAAAAUGGUGGGUUCUCGUCCGGUCAUGGAGCAAUUUCAUGAGAUUCAACGUUUAUAUGAUCAACUUUUGAUUCAUAACAUGCAUGUAAAUGAAACCUUUGCGGUUGGUUCUAUAAUCGACAAAUUACCACCUUCAUGGAAGGAAGUGAAAAAUAGCCUCAAACGCAAAAAAGAGGAUUUGUCAAUGGAGCAACUUGGUCGCUAACUUCAAAUUGAAGAAGGCAUUAAGUUGCGUGAAGGUGACAAUGGUAAAAAGAACGACCUUCCAAUUUCCUCUAUAAAUGUUAUGGAGGAGGGACAAUCAAGUGGGACCAAGAAAAAUAAAAAACGUCUCGGGAAAUUCACCAAAGGUUCCAAGUUUCAAAAGAAGCCGAAAGAUAAGAAAGUAGGCUCUUGUUGGGAAUGUGGUGGUCCACAUUUCAAGAGAGACUGUCUGAAGGUGAAGAAGAAGAAAGUCCAACCGAACGGCCAUCCAAACGGUGGCCAAGACAACCAAGGUCAUAAUCUUUUUGUAGUUACAAAUGAUGUUGAUAACAACAUGAUUUUUGUAGCUAUGCUUUCUGAAAUUUGUGUUGUGCAGGAUGAUGAAUCUUGGUGGAUCGACACCGGAGCAACAAGGCAUGUAUGUAAAGAUAGGAAAGCUUUUAAGACUUUAAAAGAGUUGCAAGAGGGGCCGAUCUUAUACAUGGGAAAUGACUCUACUGUGCAAAUUCAAGGAAUUGGGCAAGUAGAGUUGGAAUUCUCUUCCGGAAAGAAAUUAAUUCUUAAUGAUGUGUACUUUGUACCACAAAUCCGGAAAAAUCUUGUCUCCAGUGGCAUCCUAAAUAACUUUGGGUUUAAACUUAGCUUUGAAGCAAAUAAGUUUGUUUAAUCUAAGGGUGGUGUAUUUGUUGGCCAAGGUUUAUAUUGUAAUGGCAUGUUCAAACUAAGUGUUGUAAAUAAAGUUGUUAAUCAUGUUUAUAUGGUUUGUGAUUCUUCUUUGUGGCACA